AUGAAUUCUCAACAAAAUCAAAAUAAAAUUGAACCCAAACCUGUGCAUUUGUUUCAUGCGGGUAGAAUAACCAUUAUUACAGUAGGCUUGCCAGCUAGAGGGAAGACACAUUUAGCUCGUUCUUUACAUCGUUAUCUUAAAUGGUUAGGCGUGCCAACUAAAGUUUUUAGUGUGGGAAACUAUAGAAGAAAAGUUGUGGGAACAGCUUCAAGUUUACCUCAGGAUUUUUUCAAUCCUAAAAAUCAAGAAUCAAAUGAAGCAAGACAUAAAAUUGCAACAGAUUGUUUACAAGAUUUGAUUGAUUGGUUGGAAAAAGAAGGGCAGGUUGGAAUUUAUGAUGCUAGUAAUACGACAGAAGAAAGACGUAAAGAAAUAAGUGAUGUUCUGAUCAAUCAAUCAAUAUGUGAAAAACCUGAGAUUAUCGAAGCAAAUAUUAGAGGUACUCGUAUCAAUAAUCAUGUAGAGCUAUAUGAGCCAAUUUCUAACAUGGCACAUAGUUUUGUCAAGAUGAUUAACGUUGGUGAAAGAAUCAUUGUAAAUAAUGUUAAAGGUUAUCUCCAGAGCGGCGAGUCAACGAAUGAUUUAUCACAGAAGUUUGAUCCAGGGUUAAAUUCGGCUGGAAUACGUUAUGCUAAUAAAUUAAAAAAAUUUUUAUUAGAAUUAAGAGAAAAAGAAAGGAAACAAAGAAUCGAACAAGGAUGGGGCGAUUACGAAAGACCGUUGACAAUUUGGACAUCACCACGUCAAAGAUCAAUUCAAACAGCUAAAGUGUUUGAGAAAGAUGGAGGUUACAAUGUACGACAGCAUACUUUAUUGGCAGAAUUAAAUUUGGGUGAGGCGGAUGAUAUGACAGAAGAAGAAAUUAAGAAUAAAUUUCCAGAUGAUUAUAUAGGACGAAAAAAAGAUUUAUACAAUCAUCGAUAUCCUAGAGGAGAGUCAUAUCAUGAUUUAACGCUUCGACUUGAAGCAAUAAUUUUGGAACUUGAGCAUGAAAAAAAUGAUGUAUUAAUUGUUGCUCAUGAAACCGUGUUGAAGAUCUUGUAUGCUUAUUUAUUUGAUAGACCACAAGAUGAAAUACCAACUAUUGUAAUACCAAAGAAUUAUUUAAUUGAAAUAAUUCCAACAGCAUACGGAUGUCGAGAAAAUAGAAUGCAGAUUUUUGAUAGUGAUUCAUUUGAUGUACCGAUAUUAUCAAGUCUAAAUCGUUAA